AUGAAAACAUUGGUCUUAAUUAUAACUGGAUUGUUGUCUCUGUCCUCAAGUCUACGGCAAAGAGAUUCUAAACAUGGUGAUAACAGCUCCGGAAGUCAAGAUGUGCCUGAUAUUAAGACCUUCCGUGGAAUGCCACAAGGCACUUAUGAUUAUAUUCCCCCUUCUGAUAUAGAAGGCUGGACAAAGACUGUUCACAACAAAGAACACAAAUGCUCUUCAGGGAAGUCAAAUGGCUCAAUACUGAAAGUUAACAAUACCACAAUGGAGUACCUUAGUAGUUCUUUGAGCACCAAACUAGUACCUGCAACAUAUAUUCUUGUAGUUUUAUUAGGUGUGCCAUCAAAUGCCAUCACUCUGUGGAUGCUGUUUUUCAGAAUCAGAUCUGUUUGUACUGCCAUCUUCUAUACAAAUUUAGCCAUUUCAGAUUUUCUAUUCUGUAUCAUACUGCCAUUCAAGAUAGCAUACCAUCUCAAUGGAAACAACUGGAUAUUUGGAGAAAUAAUGUGCCGAACUACGACUGCCAUUUUCUAUGGCAAUAUGUAUUGCUCCAUUCUACUCCUCAUGUGCAUAAGUAUCAGUCGUUAUGUGGCUAUUGUUCAUCCGUUCACCUACAGAAGUCUGCCAAAGCGAACCUAUGCAACACUAGUAUGUGGAAUUGUGUGGACAAUUGUUUUCCUGUACAUGCUGCCAUUCUGCAUAAUGAAGCAAAGCUACUACUUGGAACAAUUAAAUAUCUUUACCUGCCACGAUGUACAUAAUGCCUGUGAAACUUUAUCACCAUUCCAAUUCUACUACUUCAUCUCGUUAGCAAUCUUUGGAUUUGUAAUACCACUGACCAUUAUUAUUUUUUGUUACAUCUCAAUUAUCCAAACGCUCAAUACUUAUGAGUGGAAGUGGUUUUGGUAUGUUAAAAUAAGUCUCUUGAUCCUUAUGAUUUUUGCCAUCUGCUUCACACCAAGCAACAUCAUACUUAUUGUCCAUCAUGUUAAUUACUACUACAACAAAACAGAUGGCUUGUAUUUUUUCUAUCUUAUUGCUUUGUCUCUAAGCAGUUUAAACAGUUGCCUUGAUCCAUUCCUUUACUAUCUGAUGUCCAAAAUCAGAGAGCAAUCCAAUGUUUAUCUCACAAUGGUAAAAAUAUCCAGGGAAGAAUGA